AGAUCAGUUUAAUGAAUUCACCCGACGCCCACCAGUGACUCCGCCCACCCGCCCGCUAUCCUGCGCUAAUUUGACUUCGGAUCCUCGUGGCUCGGGACGGCGUGAGAUUUGGUAUGCCAUCCAGCUCUGAAGUCCUGACGAGCGUCAUCGGGGAACGCACUUCGGACGAGUGGAAGGACAGCCACUUACUGAGGAUGUCGUCCAAGCCGGCCACCUCUCCAUUCACCUGUAAAGCGGAUGGGGAGGAGGAGAUGACCGGAGAGCUGGCCUCCAGGGAGAAUGACGACAACGAUGAAAUGCACCACCUCCCCCACCUGCCGCUGCACUCCCUCCUACACAACAAACCUCACCCCGAGGAGCUCUCCACCCUCGUCACAAGCAUGCAGACCGACGUUGACUGGGACAGUAUGAUGUCACAGCAUAGAAUGGACUCAGACAGCAAUAAACUGCGCUCCCUCUAUUCCUUCCGAACCACGCCUACCUCACCACACAAGCCUGACGAAGGAGCGCGCGAUCGCCAAGAUCUGAUGACCAGUGUUAACUUCGGGACGCCAGAGAGACGCAAAGGCAGCCUGGCCGACGUGGUGGACACCCUGAAACAGAAGAAACUGGAGGAAAUGACGAGGACGGAACAAGAGGAUUCUUCCUGCAUGGAGAAACUUCUUUCUAAAGACUGGAAAGAGAAAAUGGAACGACUAAACACAAGUGAACUACUAGGGGAGAUUAAAGGUACCCCGGAAAGCCUCGCGGAAAAGGAACGCCAGCUCUCCACCAUGAUCUCCCAGCUGAUCAGCCUGCGGGAGCAGCUAUUGGCCGCCCACGACGAGCAGAAAAAACUGGCCGCCUCCCAGAUAGAGAAACAGAGACAACAAAUGGACCUCGCCCGGCAACAACAGGAACAGAUCGCACGACAACAGCAGCAACUUCUGCAACAGCAACACAAGAUCAACAUCUUACAGCAACAGAUCCAGGUAAGGGUCCCGCGAGCCAAUCACAGAGUCUAUUGUUCUCCCCCGACAGGUGAUAACUACCCCGUGCAAUUCAUUCCAUCGACAAUGGCAGCUGCCGCAGCUUCUGGACUCAGCCCGUUACAGCUACAGCAACUCUACGCCGCUCAGCUCGCCAGCAUGCAGGUCUCUCCCGGAGCCAAGAUGUCCUCCACGCCUCAGCCCCCCAAUUCCACGGGACCCCUGUCACCCACCGCCGUCAAGAGCGAGAAGAGGGGGGGCAGCCCCAUCACACAGGUCAAGGACGAGGGCGCCCAACCGCUCAACUUAUCGGCGCGACCGAAGACGGCCGAGCCCGUGAAGUCGCCCACGUCUCCCACGCAGAACUUCUUCCAGCCCAGCAAGACCAGCCCAGUGAGCCUCUCCACCAGGAGCGGGAUUCCCAGCCCGAUCAGCGGAGUUCUGGGCCGGGGCUCCUCCUUAGAUAUCCUGUCCAGUCUGAACUCUCCGUCGCUGUUUGGGGACCAGGAUACGGUCAUGAAGGCCAUACAAGAGGCACGGAAGAUGAGGGAGCAGAUCCAGCGGGAGCAGCACCAACCCCACGCCAUGGACGGGAAGAUCUCGCUCAACAAUCUGGGUCUCAACAACUGCCGGAGUGACAAGGAGAGAACACACUAUGAAAAUAUGGGCCCACAGAUGAUGGGGAAGCAAAAUGAAGACGGAAAAAUGGGACCCGGUGUUAUUGACCUGACGAGGCCAGAAGACGCAGAUGGGGGCAGUACGGUGGUGGAGGCGCGAGUGUACAGAGACUCUCGGGGGAGGAGUACCAACGAGCCGCACAUCAAGCGACCAAUGAACGCUUUCAUGGUUUGGGCGAAAGACGAGCGAAGGAAAAUCCUGCAAGCCUUUCCCGACAUGCACAACUCCAACAUCAGCAAAAUCCUGGGUUCCCGCUGGAAAUCGAUGUCCAACCAAGAGAAGCAGCCAUACUACGAAGAACAAGCUCGCCUCAGCAAGAUCCACCUCGAGAAGUAUCCCAACUACAAGUACAAGCCGCGACCUAAGCGCACGUGCAUCGUGGACGGCAAGAAGCUACGGAUUGGAGAGUACAAGCAGCUGAUGAGGUCGAGGAGACAGGAGAUGAGGCAAUUCUUCACUGUGGGGCAACAGCCUCAGAUCCCCAUUAGCACUGCGGGAGCGGUGGUGUACCCGGGCGCGAUCAGCAUGGCCAACACCACGCCGUCACCCCAGAUGACGUCAGACUGUUCCAGCACUUCGGUCAGCCCCGAGCCCAGCAUCCCCGUCAUACAGAGCACCUUCGCCAUGAAGCUGGACAGCGGCAGCCUCGCCGGCAACGACCUGCUGAACGGCGAGGACGAGAUAGAGAUGUACGACGAAUACGACGAGGAGCCCAAAUCAGACUAUAGCAGCGAAACCGAAGCCAAUGAGGCUGUGGGUGCCAACUGAAAAAAAAAAAAA